CCUCCCCUGCCAUGUCUGUCCAUGUCUGUCCAUGUCUGUCCGGCCCUUGUCCUGCCCUGACUGCACACUUCAUGUUUCGAAAUCUGGAAGUCAAGGCAAGGCAAGGCACGGCAAGGCAAGGCCCAGCAAGUGAAGUCAAAGACUCAAAAGUCGGAUCUGAUCUGAAGGCUCAAGGCUCAAGGCACGUCCUUUCCCGCCAAGCCGCUUCUCUUUCAGACUUGCAGCGCUGCACUGCACUGCACUCCACUGCACUGCACUGCUCUGCUCUGCACCUCCAUCUCUUCCUCUCCGCCGCCAUCCUCUGUUCUCUCCCGUCUUGUUCUGCUUGUCAUCCACUCCCGUCCCCUCCUUUUCUCCUCUUCCAGAAAGAGGCCACUCCAGUACAGACAACUAAUAAUCCAUCAAUCAAUCAAUCAUUCAAUCAAUCAAUCAAUCAAUCAAUCAAUCAAUCAAUCAAUCAAUCGCUCGAUUAAGCCUGCCCUCGGCCAUUUCAGCCCAGCCCAGCCCAGCACCAAGAUCAGGCCAACUUUGUCACCCCCCCCCCCCCCCCCCCCCCCCCGACCACAUCCCACAUCCAUAUCCACACCCAUAUCCACAUCCACAUCCCAACCCAGACCCCCAGCCUAAUCAAGAGCCGAAGCUCCCCUGGGUGUGCUGCCUCAACUCACCCACCCACUCACUCCUCUUGAAGUCUUCACUCCUUCACUCUCUCAACACUACCCAGGACCCAGGACCCAGGACCCAGGACCCAGGACCCAACUGUUGUGUUGCGCAAAGCUCGUCGUUCAUUUUCCUACUCAGGCCGCUCAACCGUCGUUGAUUGAUUGCAGUUCAUGCCAGAGGCCCCGACCUGCAUAAUCAAUCAUUCUCCGAUCAGAAACAUUCACAUUCGGACCUCUUUGCGACGAUCGCGCCAGUCUUUGAACAGCGUUCAACGCCACAAACACCUCUACAACGUGUCCCGAGUCUCGAAUCGAAGGGGUAAUAACCUAUUCUGUGUUCCUAUCCGACUCCAAUCGAAAUCGCUGGUCGACGUCCAGACGCAAGCCGUCUGCAUUAAAAGCAUCGCAUCCCCUCUCUCAGUUCACCGCCGCACGAUAAUACCCCUCUGCCACCUUUUGCAUCCGUUGAAGCUUUCGAAUAAUUCUCGAGCGUCCCAAUUACCGUAAUACCAAUUCCCUAGCGCUCCCGGUCACCGUUGACAGAUUUCUCAUUCUUUGUUCCCUGGGCGAGACAAAUACUUCGGACAUCUGCGAAACUUGACCUGACGCCUGAACAUCCUGAAACUUUGGGGACAAUUGCAUAACUCGACCACCUUCGCACUCGGUGAGUGCAAAUAAUGAGCGUCAUGCUUCAGACCCCAUCGCGGGCGUCAACAGCGUCCUCCUCUUCCUUCCAACCAGUAUCACGCCAGAACACAAUGUCUUCUCACGAUGGAGGGCGGUCUGUCCGACAGUCGAAACGGUAUUCUAUGACCACGCUGUAUAUGUCGAUGUCUGCGAAUGAGAAGGAUUUGGAGAUUGAAGAUGACUUAGCCAAAGCCCAGAAGAUUCUCCGCGACCUCAAAUCCAAGAUCUCGUCCCAGUCAAAGAAGAAUUUCGUGUUAGAAAAGGAUGUCAGAUACCUAGAUUCAAGGAUUGCGCUCUUGAUCCAAAAUCGAAUGGCUCUGGAAGAGCAAAACGAGGUUGCAAGCCAUCUUGAAGAUGCAGCUGAUCUGCAGGAAGGUUUCUUUCCAAACGACGAGAAGACGCAGAAAUAUGGCAAUCUGCUGUUCCUUUUACAAUCUGAGCCUCGACACAUCGCACAUCUCUGCCGCCUGGUCACAAUGGCUGAGAUUGACUCACUCCUACAAACAGUUAUGUUUACGAUUUACGGAAAUCAAUACGAGAGCCGCGAAGAGCACCUUCUUUUGACUAUGUUUCAGUCUGUGUUGACCUAUCAAUUCGAUAAUACCCCCGAAUACUCCUCCCUUCUGCGAGCAAAUACUCCUGUAUCGCGAAUGAUGACCACCUAUACCCGACGUGGACCUGGACAGAGCUACCUCAAGACCGUGCUGGCUGACCGAAUCAAUGGACUUAUCGAAUUGAAGGACCUGGACCUCGAGAUCAACCCGCUGAAGGUAUAUGAGCGAAUGAUUGAGCAGAUUGAAGAGGACACCGGCAGCUUACCAGCAUCCCUGCCGAGAGGAGUGACCGCCGAACAAGCGGCUGAAAAUGCACAAGUGCAGGCGAUCAUUGAACCGAGAUUGACGAUGCUGAUGGAAAUCGCGAAUGGCUUUCUCACGACAAUCAUCGAUGGACUAGAAGAAACACCUUAUGGAAUCAGAUGGAUCUGCAAGCAGAUCAGGAGUUUGACCAAGCGAAAGUAUCCAGAUGCCAACGACCAGGUUAUCUGUACUCUUAUCGGUGGAUUCUUCUUCCUUCGGUUCAUCAAUCCUGCCAUCGUCACACCCAAAUCAUACAUGCUCAUCGAUGGAACUCCAGCAGAGAAGCCAAGACGAACGCUGACUUUGAUUGCCAAGAUGCUCCAAAAUCUUGCUAACAAACCUUCCUACGCAAAAGAGCCAUAUAUGGCUAAGCUUCAACCAUUCAUCCAACAGAACAAGGAGCGAGUGAACAAGUUUAUGCUUGAUCUUUGCGAAGUCCAGGACUUCUACGAGAGUUUGGAAAUGGACAAUUAUGUUGCACUGUCAAAGAAGGACUUGGAGCUUUCCAUCACUCUCAACGAAGUCUAUGCAACUCACGCCUUACUGGAGAAACACAGUGCUGAGCUGAACAAGGAUGAGAAUUCUCACUUGGCCGUAAUUCUUAACGACCUCGGACAAGCGCCCGCACAAUUGCCCCGCAAAGAAAACAGAGCCAUCAACUUACCACUUUUCAGCAAGUGGGAAACAGCAAUCGACGAUCUGACAGCUGCUCUGGACAUUACCCAAGAAGAAGUAUAUUUUAUGGAGGCCAAGUCAACAUUUGUCCAGAUCAUGCGUUCAAUACCAACCAACAGUGCGGUAGCACGGAGACCAUUGCGCCUCGAAAGAGUUGCAGAUGCCGCAGCUACAUCCAGAAAUGACGCAGUGAUGGUACGGAAGGGUAUCCGUGCAAUGGAGCUCCUGAGUCAACUGCAAGAACUGCAGGUGAUUGACAAAUCCGAUCAAUUCAGUCUCCUCCGGGACGAGGUAGAGCAAGAGCUCCAGCAUCUCGGCUCGCUUAAAGAUGGUGUUGUUGUGGAGACACAGAAGCUCGAGGAGGUAUUCAAGACCAUCCGUGAUCACAACACCUAUCUUGUUGGUCAACUUGAGACGUACAAGAGCUACCUUCACAACGUCCGAAGCCAGAGUGAAGGUACAAGGAGAAAACAACAAAAGCAUCAAGUACUUGGCCCAUACAAAUUCACCCACCAGGCUUUAGAAAAGGAGGGCGUCAUCCAGAAGAGUAAUGUGCCAGAUAACCGAAGAGCGAACAUCUACUUCAACUUUACGAGUCCUUUGCCGGGGACGUUUGUCAUCUCGCUUCACUACAAAGGCCGCCAACGUGGACUUCUAGAGCUUGAUCUCAAGCUCGACGAUCUACUGGAAAUGCAGAAGGACAACCAGGAAGAUCUCGAUCUCGAAUACGUCCAGUUCAAUGUGCCGAAGGUUUUGGCACUCCUCAACAAGCGUUUCGCGAGAAAGAAGGGAUGGUAGUUGAUCUCCGUCUCGUGUCUGAUUCGAGCCAAAGAGGUUCCUAUACUUCUGGAGGCUGUACGAUUGUUAGGUAUAGGGUUAAGCGAUGAUGUUAAUUUGAUGAUGGAUGCAAAGGAGUGCACGGUGGUGUAUGAUGGAUGGGCCGGCCGGACGGAAUGGCUGGACCCGGCGGAAUGGAUUGGACGAUAUGGCUUGACUAGGCUGGAAUUUUUGGGACCGGAGGAGGAGUUACGUUGAACUUUGGCUUUGGCUUUUGUCUGUUUACCUAUGAUAUCCGGCGGACUUUGGCUGGUUCGGUUGUUCUAUUCUACUACUAUGUUUUAUUAUAGCUGGGUGAUGGGGAGGCGAUGCAAUGCUACGUGGACCAAUGGACGCCUGAAAGUCAGGCAGGGAGGCAGGCACGCAGGCAGCUGGACGAGGGCGUACUUGACUGAUCUGAUCUGAUUUGAUUUGAUUUGAUUGAUAAACGAUCGAAUGAAAUUGCGCAUGAAAGGAGCACACUUAUCUACUACUUUUCUGCGUCCAUCUUGACUCUGGGAUUCCUUGGUCUCUUGCUCAGUAUUAUCUGUCACAACGACUCAACACUUCCUUCCCUACCCGUGAUUUCCGAGUCCUGGCGUCUGGUCUACCUAUCUGCUGAUUUUUGAAUUGUACACUUGAAACAUGAAACUUCAAUAAAUUCGAGUUUGAAUGUGAUAGAUAGAUAUAUUUCUAUCCCGUUGCGUCGUGUCUAGCCGUACUCGUGGUUUACGGGGGUUUCGGUGUUUACCUUAGAGCUUUGAAGGAGGAGAAAAUGUUUGCUUUUGCGGUAAAAAUUGAUGAGAGAGAUGGAUGGAUGGAUGAAGAAUGCCCUUUGAAGGAGAAUAACUUACAAUGGCGGCUCGGCAAUUUUGUGGUUUGAGGAUAUUUUAAAAGUGGUGAAGCCAAGGGCCGGGAUGAGAGGAGAAGGAAUGGAUGGGAUGGGAGGAUGG